UCGUGGCCCGAGCCAGAAUCUCUCGUCCCCGUACUGCAAUUGCGCUCGCAGCUUCUCGAAGCGGCGAUGGAAAACCGGGUGCUUAUAUAAUACCAACGAUAGAGAAAAUUGAUAUUAACAAAGAUUAUGUACAAGCAUUAGUUAUUGUACCAACACGUGAACUUGCCUUACAAGUUGGUCAAAUAUGCGUGCAACUAUCAAAACAUCUUGGGACAAAAGUAAUGAUGACAACUGGUGGUACAAAUUUAAAAGAUGAUAUUGCAAGAUUAGCACAAAAAGGUAAAAAUGAGAUUAAGUGAUUGAUAACCGUUCUAGUG